ACAGUUCCUUUGCACACCUCUACCUGGGGAGCAACUCUCUGCCUGGGCUUUCUUGACACAUUUGCAGCUCACCUAGCAGAAUUAGCCCUUUCUUCCCUCCAGCCAAGGUGAAGGAUUUGAAGGACACCGAGAUGAACCAAGCCCGACCUCGUUAUGUCGUCGACCGGGCUGCAUAUUCUGUCAACUUCUUCGAUGAAGAGUUUGAGAAGAAAAAGAGAAGUUAUCCAUUUGGGGAAAAAGUCAAGAACCUUUUCAGAUGUUCAUCAUCCAGGUUCAAAGUCAUCAUCUACAGUCUGUUUCCAAUACUCAUUUGGCUCCCUAAGUAUAAAAUUAAAGACUACAUUGUGUCCGAUGUCCUCGGGGGAAUCAGUGCGGGGACCAUUCAAGUGCCACAAGGGAUGGCCUUUGCACUGCUUGCCAGUCUGCCUCCCAUCAAUGGACUCUACUCCUCCUUCUUCCCUUUGAUACCCUACUUCAUCCUAGGUGGUGUCCACCAGAUGGUCCCAGGCACCUUUGCUGUCAUCAGCAUUAUCGUUGGGAGCGUCUGCCAGGAUCUGGCUCCUGAGUCUGAUUUCGAAUACUUUAACCAGACCACCAAUGAGAUAAACAUCAACAACACAGCCAUGGAGGCAGCCAGAUUGGAGAUUUCCGCCACAUUAGCUUGUCUGACAGCCAUCAUACAAAUCUGUCUGGGAUUCGUGCAGUUUGGCUUCGUUGCCAUCUACCUCUCGGAAUCCUUCAUCCGGGGCUUCAUGACUGCAGCAGGGCUCCAGAUCCUCAUCUCAGUGCUCAAAUAUGUCUUUGGCUUGACGAUCCAGGCCUACACUGGGCCCUUGGCCAUCGUUUAUACAUUUAUUGAUAUUUGCAAAAAUCUCCCCAAGACCAACGUGGCCUCCUUGAUCUUUGCCCUGAUCAGCACUGUGCUCCUGAUUAUUGUGAAAGAGCUCAAUAUGAAAUACAUGAAGAAGAUCCGGGUGCCCAUCCCCAUGGAGAUCAUCGUAGUCAUAGUAGCUACUGCGGUGUCCGGCUGCUUGAACAUGCCUGAGAAAUACAACAUGCCAGUCGUUGGAAAGAUUAAGAUGGGCUUCCCAGUCCCCACACUCCCACUGGUGAGCAAGUGGAAAGAUAUGAUUGGCACAGCUUUCUCACUUGCCAUUGUGGGCUACGUGAUCAACCUGGCCAUGGGACGGACCCUGGGAACCAAACACGGCUAUGACAUAGACCCCAACCAGGAAAUGCUUGCCCUGGGCUGCAGUAACUUCUUUGGAUCCUUUUUCAAAAUCCAUGUGAUCUGUUGUGCUCUGUCUGUAACACUAGCUGUGGACGGGGCUGGAGGAAAAUCUCAGAUGGCAAGUUUCUUUGUAGCGCUGGUGGUUAUGAUAACCAUGCUGGCUUUGGGAAUCUACCUCAACCCCCUUCCAAAGGCUGUGCUGGGAGCCUUGAUAGCAGUCAACCUGAAAAACUCCCUCAAGCAGCUGGCUGACCCCUUCUACCUGUGGAAGAAAAGCAAGCUGGACUGUUUGGUCUGGGUGGUGAGUUUCCUGUCAGCUUUCUUCUUGGGCCUGCCAUUCGGACUGGCUGUCGGCGUGGGAUUUUCUGUGCUGGUGGUGGUUUUCCACACGCAGUUUCGUAACGGCUCUGCCCUAGGUCAGGUAACUUCCACGGAUAUUUACAAGAACCCCAAAACCUACAAUAAGAUCCAUGAACUUGAUGGGAUUAAAAUUGUGACCUACUGCUCCCCACUGUACUUUGCCAACUCAGAGAUAUUCAGGGAGAAGGUUAUAGCUAAGACUGGGGUAGAUCCUGGCAAAGUGUACUUAGCCAGAAAAAAAUACAUGAAACACCAGCAGAAGAAGGAGGCAUCACAAAAAACAACGAAGCUGCAAAAAUUGUUCUUCAGGAACAAGAAGACCUUGUCAGUGCAAGAGCUCCAGAAAGAUUUUGAAAGCACCUCUCCGACGGACACCAACAAUAACCAAACGACUGCCAAUGGCACCAGCAUCUCCUACAUCCCAUUCCACCCCCCCGCAAACAAAGCCGGGCAGGUCAAUACCUCAAGUGAGCUGGGCAGCAUCUCGAGCCACCGAGGCAGCACUUGCAGUGUCAUCCCAGUUGCAAACAUCGACCCGAUGAUCACAGCACCACCCUACGUCCGCUUCCACACCGUUAUCUUGGACAUGAGUGGAGUGUGCUUUGUGGAUCUGAUGGGCACAAAAGCUCUGGGGAAGCUGUGUUCCAGCUAUCAGAAGAUUGGGAUUAAAGUCUUCCUGGCAAAUGUGCAUGCCCAGGUAUACCAUGACAUUAGCACAGGUGGAGUCUUCGAAGAAGAGGGCCUGGACCCAAGUCACAUCUUCUUGACCAUCCACGAUGCUGUUCUGUUUGCGCUGGCAAAUGCCAAAGGAGUUUUCUGUCCUCCUGGUUUAGAAGAGAGACCAAGUCAGACAGAGCUCUCCAUGUAUGAUGAAUCUGUGGAUGAAAGCAGUGCAGAAUUCAAGAACUUGGAGGAGGAGAUGUUUGGAACCAUGUUCCAUUCGGAGGUCCAGACAGCGCUGUAAGUGCCUGGGGGAAUGUUAAAGUGCCGGCAAAGCCUCCAGAACUGACUAUUCUCACGUAUUCCUUUAUGAAGAAGUUUCCCCUGUCUGAAUGGUGCGCAGAGCAGCCUUUCUGUGCUUCCAGCCCGGGGUAGCAGUGAGGUUGUGAGGCGAGGGGCCGUCACACCUCUCCUCCUGGCUUCCUCUCUCCUCUUUCCCUCUGUGUGUGGAAUUCAGAGCAAUGGACUCUUGGAGCAGGUAGCAGAACACAAAAGAAGCAGGAACUCAGGAAAUAACGUUCAUCUACAUGUAGAAGAGCAAUUUAAUGGGAAGUGCCUUUAGGUAGAAGGAUUAUUAAUAUCAGUCAUCAUUGUCAACCCUAUCUCUGUCUCUCCUCCUCCAGAACCCACUCACAUACCCAGUCAUAAGGAUUGCAUAACACAGGCAUCACCUUUAUUUUCCUUCCUUUUUCCAAUGAGGUGAAAUAUAAGGAAAUUUACAAGCCUUUCCUGGCUUUGAUUCAUAACCACAAGUAACCCUCUCAAGAUGCAGUGACGCAGGUUUGCAUGGUGAUAAUAUUUUAAAAUGUGCACUGACUUUUUGAGAAUCUGCACACUGAAUUUAAGCCUGUGAAUUUCUUGGGGUUGCUGCCCAAAGUCACCUCUAUAUUCUCUAUUACCCUACAGGCCCUCCUGCGCUUUCCUGUCUAUUACCAGGUACCAUUUACUGAGCCAGUGCUGUAUUUUCUGUUACCCUAAAAUCCUUGGUACCACUGCAUGGGAGUAAUACUGCAUUCUAUAUUAUAUGCUCAGGCUAUUUUUAGAUAUUAGCCACCCUCAGCUCACAUGACCAAGAGCUCCUACCAGCUCUAGUGGGAGUUAUAUUCACACACUGGCCUUCCUAAUAGUUUGGGUAGUUAAAAUAAAGCUUAUUCAAAGCACCGGCAGAAUUAGGGCCUGAUUCAAAGCCUACUGAAAUCAAGGAGAAUCUUGCCUUUUACUUUAACAGGCUUUAGGUUAGGCCUUUAACCUGGGAAUAUCAUGAGAGCAGGUAUUCCUGUGGUAUUUUGAUACUUCCUCUUCCUAUUCUCAGUAUCUGGACAUUGCGAAAAAGUUCAGUUUAGAUUCAGCUCUAGAAAUAGGAAAGUGUUUCAGGGUGAGCAGGUUUUCUUAACCAGUGUGCCCAUCCCUAGCAAAUUCAGGGACAGGGAGAGAGAGACCCUUCAGCUCAGUGCAUACAUCCAAUGGUUCUUGAUGAUGCUAUAACUCAGGAGCAGUAUAAUUAAAGUCUGAGCAUAUUUUGGGUAUGCCAGGAGUCAACAGCUCUUGUGAUACGCAGCACUAACCUCUCCAAGCUUGGAGCUUCAAGCUGAAGAGAUUUUAGGUAAUCACCUAAGUGACAAGAGAAAGCUCAUCUGCUGGGAUUGCUAUGGUGUCUGGUCCCUCAUGCGCUAUGUGAAUUUGAAUAAAAAUCACCACAAACUGAUGCUACCAGGACUAUCUACCUCUCGGGCAAACAAGCCUGACUCGAUAACCCAUAGACAGAUGAGAUCUUUUAAAUUUUUUUUAAAAAAAUCCUAAUACUUUUAUAUAUAAAAGUGUGAGUGAUGCUAAUAACUAUUGCUAUUUUAGUUUUCUGUUAUAGUUCCUUCCUUUCAUCCCCAUAUUGAUUCUCUGAAGCCUAUGACUAGAGGAAAUACAUUUAAAGUAUAUGUAAACGCUGAAAAAUACAGUAUGUUGAGGAUUAAAGGGACACUUAUUCGUACAUUUAGGCCCCAAAUUCAGGUUUUGUGAAAAACAAUUUUGCAAAAAUUAAGAUGAGCAGAAUUUUUUCUAUGAUAUUUUUAAAGUUCUGAUGAAAGCAGUUUUUUGUCUGGAUUUUAAACCUUCCGCUGUAACACUCUUAAACCACCCUGAUAAAAGGGUCUUUGAGAUAACAUUAUCAGGGAAAGAAAAUGCAGCUGUACUGUGGCUCCCAGACAAAUGAUGCCCCACUUGCAAUGAAAAUAGAGCUGCAUGAUUCAUCCAGGCUAGACAAACAUUCCAUGUUAUAACAUCAGAGCUGCCUGGGUUUUGUGUGGCAUCUCAUUAAUUAAGUCACCAUUGCUCUACCUCAGUCUCUGAUUACAUGCUGCAGGAGAAAAUUAUUAAACAAAUAGAAGUACAGUUUUCUUUAGUUGGGAGAACACUAAAAAAAGGUUACUUCUCACUCUGACCUUAGUGAGACAAUCACAAUUUUGCUGGGACUGUCAUGUCCUACAAGCUAAGAUCAGAAUAAACAAACAGCUUGGUGUAAUGGAACAAGGGGCUUUUUCAUUAUAAUAAAAGCUCUGUGGUGACCUCACUUUAAAUUAGUGAUAUUCCUAAUUGCAAUUCAGGAAUCAGAGUGUGUCUGCUAAACGUUCAGUUCACAGUCCCAUAGGCCUGACAGCCAAAGUAUCAGUUCAAAUACAGGAAACCUCAGAGCGACAGAUCCCUGUGCAAAGUAUGUAUUGAUUCCUUUGCAGUUCCCAGCAGCAUGAUGGAUGGGAUGUCAAGAAUGAUGCCAUGAAAGUAGUGGCAAUAAUUACAUACUCUGCCACCUUGAAGUCUCAGGUAGAGGGAUACUUGGUUUCUGUAGCCCAGUGCCAAUUCUGGUGACAAAUGCAGCUCUCAGUAGCUGACAGAUGGUAUUUUUGAAGGCAUAACUCCUGUCACCAUUUUGCUACUGAGUAGCACAAAUGUUUUAGAUGCAGAACCCUGACAAUCUAUGGGUCCCAGAACAUUAGUUGCAAAGGCGACAUUCACCAAUCUGAACAAAACAGAAUGACAAGUUAGCAUGACUUGCAUUUUUCUUUCAAAGCAAAGAUGUGGCUAGCUCAGAAAGCUUCAUUUCCAGAGUAUCUUGACCAGGGAACUAGAGAAACUCAGAAAGAGAGUCCAUUGGGGUGGUAAAUUCUAAAGUUCCAAUGACCUUUUAUGCCUCUGAAAGUCUAGUGAUAUUAAUAUGUAAUUACUUUGAAACUUUAUUUGAUACUUGCAUGAUGCAUAACAAGCUCAAAAUGUUUGUGUAAUUUAUUUAAUUUAAUAUUGGUUUGGUUCUUCUUUUUUUGAUAAUAAACAAUAUGUGACAGAU